AUGGACCUCUCACACAACUUUCCUACCCCCGGCACCGGCUCGUCAAACGGCGACACCAGCACGGCAGGAGGAGGAACAUCAGCAGCAGUAGAUGUCAAACUUCGUCGGGCACACAGGAAAUCACGCAACGGAUGCAAAGAAUGCAAACGCCGCCAUGUAAAGUGCGACGAGACACGACCGGGCUGCGUCAACUGCGCGACGGCCGAGCGUCACUGCUCCUACCUCGACUCCCUCCCGGCAUCGGCCCGCUCAAAAGCCGGCGCCGGCGCCGGCGGCACGGGUCCGGUCGCCAAGCGAGCCCUCGUCCCUUCCUCCGGUCACAGCCCGGCCAGCUCCGGCAGCAACGGCAACAGCGCCGCCACCACGACCGCCGCCACCUCCCCCUCCGUCACCGCCGUCGUCAACGACUUUGUCAUGCGCACCGACGACGACAACGACCACAACAUCGCCAGCCCCCCCAAUGGCCAGUUCUUCACCCUCGAACAUAUGCGCCUCCUCCACCACCUCGAGACCAGCUCCAACACCUUCAUGCCGGCCGAACAAUUCAUCAAACCCAUCGUCGACAUGAACCUCGCCGCCGCCCUCAACGCCCCGUACCUCAUGGACGUCCUCCUCGGCUUCGCCGCCCAGCACCUGGCCGAGCUCAACCCCGCCCGCGCCGCCGUGUACAACCACCAGGCCACCCAGCUCCAGACCCGCGCCCUCGCCCUCUUCAACGACGCAAAGGAAGACAUUGACGACGACACCUGCAUCCCCAUGUUCCUCUUCGCCUCCACCCUCGGCGCCUCGGUCCUCUGCGACAUCCUCCGCCGCUACCGCGCCGACUUGAACGGCUUCCUCGACCAGUUUGCCUGGUACCUCCGCCUCCACCGCGGCGUCAGCACCGUCACCGCCCGCUCCUGGCACAUCAUCCGCGAGUCCGGCUGCAAGCCCUUUAUCGAGUUCCUCGAGGCCAACAAACCCUCCCGCGAGCAGCCCAGCGAGGUCGACGUCCUCCACGCCAUGCUCGACCAGGCCGACCUCGGCCCGGCCUCCCUCCAGGCCUGCCGCGACGCCGCGGAGAGUCUCCGCCAGUCCUAUGUCAUCUUCCGCAGCAUCGCCGUCCACAGCAGACACCAGUCCGCGUCCGUCAUGUCCUUUGGCGUCUGCGUCACCACCGGCUUCAUCGACGUCGUCAAGCAGCGCCGGCCAGAGGCCCUCGUCAUCCUCGCCUUCUACGCCGUCCUGCUCCACUGGUGCCGCAGUUACUGGGUCUUUGGCGAUGCCGGUCAGUGGAUCAUCCGCUCCAUUUCGGCGCACCUGGGCGAUUACUGGUCAGAGUGGCUCGCCUUCCCUCUGGCGGCGCUCGAGGAGCAUGCGGGCUGA